AAGCUCAAUUUGGACUUAUAAUACCAAAUUUUCUCUUCUUCUUUCUUUGAACACAAAUUAAAAAAAAAAUAUGUUGUAUUUUUGUUCAUCAUUGCUAUUUUCUUUACAUUAUGUGAUAUUUUUGUUUCUACUUUGUGAAGGAAAGACGCAGUUGCUAUCCAAAAACUCGACUAUAAAAGCCGUUUUUGCGUUCGGAGAUUCCAUCGUUGAUCAAGGAAAUAAUAACAAUAUUACAACCAUGGUCAAGUGUAAUUUCCCACCUUAUGGGAAAGAUUUUGUUGAUGGAAAGGCAACAGGAAGAUUUACCAAUGCCAAAACGCCCGCGGACUUGAUAGUGGAAGAAUUGGGAAUUAAAGAGUUAAUGCCAGCUUAUCGUGACCCUAAUUUGCACACUGAAGAUCUCAAAACUGGAGUAAGUUUUGCCUCAGGAGCUUGUGGAUAUGAUCCUCAAACCGCUUCGAUCGUGUCAGUAAUACCAUUAUCUACACAAUUAAAUUAUUUUGAAGAAUAUAUUGGAAAGCUAAAGGGAUUAGUUGGAGAAAAAGAAGCCAACAAAAUACUAAACAACAGCCUAUACUUAGUGGUAGCAGGCAGCAAUGACCUUGCCAACACUUAUUACACAAUUGGAUUUAGACAAAAACAAUAUGAUAUUGACUCAUAUACUGAUUUUAUGGUGGAAAAAGCUGAAGAUUUUAUCCAAGAAUUGUACAAGUUGGGAGCAAGAAAAAUAGGUGUUUUUGGGAUUCCACCAAUUGGAUGUUUGCCAUUCCAAAGAACAUUAAGUGGAGGUUUAAGUAGAGUAUGUGUGGAGGAACAUAAUCAAGCUGCACAAUUGGCCAACACUAAGAUUUCACUUGCCAUUAAUGGUUCAUUAUCCAACAAGUUACCUCAAUCCAAGUUGGCUUUCAUUGACAUCUAUGAUCCUAUGCUUGAUCUCAUUCUCAACCCUAAAAAACAUGGAUUUGAAGUGGUAGAUAAAGGAUGUUGUGGUACAGGAAACAUAGAAGUGGUCAUAUUAUGCAACAGAUACAUGAGUAGUACAUGUGAAGACGAUACGAAAUAUUUGUUCUUUGAUAGUUAUCAUCCUACUGAAAGAGGCUACAGGAUCCUUGUUGAUCAAAUGAUCAAAAAGUAUAUCAAUAGUUUCAUAUGAAAACCUCCAAAUGUUGAAAAAAAAAUACGCGAAAAACAAGUGUCUGCAUUUUCAUCUAUCCUUCCUGAUCACUGUCCUAUAUCUGUUUACUUAAUGUUCUGUUAUACAUAAUGUGUUUGUAUUCUACUCUGGAGAUUUUAUCGUUUUGUUUUUCAUUUAGAUACCUUAAAGGAUUUUGUAUUAGUGUGAUUGAAUCAAGUCAUAGUGUAAAGACUCUUUUUUUUUUAUACUUGUACAACAUUCUCAAGUAUCGCAUCAGUAGCUAACGAGAAGCUAAUGCGUACUAGUUGACACAUGUUAGUCCAACUUCCAUGUUCUAUUUCUGUUAUAGAUAUCCAUUUUUUGUCACUA